GAUCCGCAAGUUUUUCUUCGUCAUUAACACAUUACACUAGGUAUUCGUACGACCGAAAUCGUCAUUUAAUCAGUACUCAUUUAUUAUGAAUUAAAAUUAACGGUAUUAAUCGUUUUGUAAUAGGUUAAAUUGAAAAACAUAAAGUAUUUGCCGAAACGAUCAAGAAAUUAUAUAUAUAUUAUUAUUUUUUCUUCAUUUGUAAAGUCAAAAAUUGAAAAAAACUCAUUUCAGGUUUGAAUCGGUCCAAUCAUGAAACUCAUUUCGAUUGGAACGUUGUUUGUCAUUUUUUUACUGGCUGGAUCAUUAAACUGUGAUAAAGAAGAGGACGACAAUGAUUUUUCGGAAUUCGAAGACUUCGACACGGAUGAUGACUUUGUGAAGGUGUCAAGCGAUCGAAGUGAAUUGAAAGGUCCAGGCGGUUCGGUACCUUCUUUUCAAAGUGAAGAUGCCGAAGAUGAUGGAGUCGUAGAAGAUGAGGACAGUGAAUUUGAUCAUUUCACCGACGAAGAGGAGUUUGAAGGCUUCAAUAAAGACACAUCAGCUCCACCAGCUUUUGAGAAAACUGGCGAACCAAAACUUACAGUGGCCAAUGUUCCUUUACAUUUCAGCGCCCAUUGGAAAUCGUAUUGGAUGGAAAUGAUUAUGAUAGCCGGACUGUUGGCCUAUUUUGGAAAUUACUUUGUGGGUCGAAGUAAAAAUUCGAAAAUCGCUUCGCAUUGGCUUCAAACACAUCGUACUUUACUCGAAGAGAAUUUCGCCAUGAUCGGCGAUGAUACGCAAAAAGAAAACCAAGGACCCGAUGGCUUUAUUAAAGAAAGUGAAAGUGUGUACACUUUGUGGUGCAGCGGCCGCACUUGCUGCGAAGGAAUGUUGGUCGAAUUGAAAUUGAUUCGUCGUCAAGAUUUGGUAGCUAUCAUUUCAGACAUAAUGAAACCAUCUCAAGAUCAAUUGCAUAUCAAAAUUGAAUUAUCAUCGGAUAUCAUGGAUCCGUUUGUAUUUUGUGUGGCAACUAAGAAAACAGCAUCGAAAUUCUUUAAAGAAAUGUAUGAUUUGAGUAAAUUCUGUAUUCUAGUCAAUAAUCCUGAAACCAAGUACAAUGUCCCAACUGGUAUGAGUGUGCUGAGUGAAAUUCCCGAAGCCUCAUCUGCAAUGCUCGACUCCCGUGUCACAGCCAUGAUGUCCAAAUAUGGCCACCUAAUCGAUUACAUUUACGUAUCGGAUCAAUAUAACGGUGUCAUUUCACAGGAAGACCAAAGCCAGCAACUGAAAAUGCCCGACGUCAAAAAACAAUUGUCGCUCGGAUUCAAUUUGCCAAAUGCAAACGAUAUGGAAUCAACAAAACCGCUAAUGGUUCUCGUAUUCUAUUUGCUCGAAAAAAUCAAGCGUUAUCGUUUGUCGAAGGAAGGUGUUCAAAAGGCUGAAAAGAAUCGUCAACGUGUCGAAGAAGAAUUCAUGAAAAGUACACAUGCUGCACGUGCCGAGGCCGCCGCUCUGCGUCGUGAAGAAAAACGAAAAUUGGAGAAAGAGCGCGUCAUGGCCGAAGAUGAUCCAGAAAAACAACGCCGUUGGGAAAAAAAGGAGCAAAAACGCCAACAGAAACGAAAUCAACCGAAAAUGAAGCAACUUUCAGUGAAAGCCUUGUAAAAUAUGCAUAUACUGUUUUCGAAGUACAAUCACAAGCAAUUUUACUGUAAGAUUUAUUUCGUUAGCAUACCUUUUUUUUCUUCAUUCAAUUGUAUCGAUACAAUUAAUGAAUAUAUACAUACACAUUACGAUGAUGAUUAGAUCCAAAUUACUUUUUAGUCCUUUGCAUUUAACAGAAGGUGUCAUUUCCUAUUACCGCAAGAGAAAAAAAACCUUUGUAUAUGACUCCUUUUACCACAAUUAAAAUUACAAAAAUCGGAUUUGCAACAUUUUAAAAAAAAACUCAUAUGUAAGCUAUGUGUAAAGUCUGAAAAUUGAUUGAACCAAUAAAACAAAACAACAGACUGUUUAAUAAA